AUGUCAUCAUCUUUGGUACCUCCUCUUAGAGAACAGAAUGGUCAUCAUGAUUGGCCAAUAAUGGAACAACAACACCAGCAACAAGCACCAUACUCACGAACCACUCGAUCCGAUAGCUCAGCUUCGAGCAUCAGCUUGUCCUCCGAAACAACAUCUUCCAUCAAACCCUUUUCUUCCUCCUCUUACUCGGACUUGGUCGUUAUGGAGAGUAUUGCCGAUUCAAACUCGUCUUCUUCAACAACAACAACAAGGAGAGAAGAUUUAACAUGGAUCAAUCACCACCAGCACCACCACUCCAAUGAUGUUGCCACCACAUCCCUCACCAACACCACCAUUCCUCCUGAAAAAGUUCAUUCAGACACCACUUGUUCUCAGAACCAAAGUGUCGUCGCCUUCCAUAUGCAACAACAGCAACAUGUGGCUCCUUCCAACAACAACAACAACAAGGCUGCUCUUUCUCACCACGAAUUCCAUUCAAAUCAUCAUCAUCAUCACCAUCACUCAAAGAAAAUGGAAGAAGGAGAAGCACUACUCAGUUCUCUCUCCAAAAUUAGCACUUGCAAACAAAAACCUCAUCUCGACAAUCAAUUUGCACACACACAAGUAUGUGUUUGUCCAGAACCAUUGUGGUCACAAAUUCGUGCUGAUGUUGGAGUGAUUAUUGAUAUUGAUCCUGCAUUUGAUAAUUAUUUGGAACUGUUGUUAUAUCCUGGAUUAUGGGCCAUCAUGGUUUAUAGAAUUGCACAUUGCUUGUAUUACUUGUUAUAUUCACCUGAUUUGGAAAGAGGUACUUGGAGAUUCUUCUGUUGUAAAGUGUUACAAUUUUUCAGUAAGCUCUUGUCCAUGAUUGCGAGGACGUUGACUGGAAUUGAAAUUCAUCCAGGAGCACAGAUUGGAAAGGGAUUUUUCAUUGAUCAUGGAUCAGGUGUGGUCAUUGGAGAAACAGCAAUUGUAGGCAAUUAUUGUACAUUAUAUCAAGGUGUGACACUUGGAGGUACAUCAACAACAAAAGGAAAACGACAUCCAACACUCGGUGAUCAUGUUCUUGUUGGUUCUGGUGCAAAAGUUUUGGGAAAUAUUGUCAUUGGUUCCAAUGUAAAAAUAGGUGCUGGAUCUGUCGUUGUGAAAGAUGCACCCAGUGAUUGUACAUUGGUGGGAGUUCCUGCUCGAUGUAUUAAGAAUAAGAAGAGUAGUAGUAGUAGUAGUAGUAGUAGUAUCAAUAAUAGUGUUGUUGAUUCAAACAACAACAACAACAACAACAACAAUGGUAUGAUGAUCAACAAUAACAACAACAACAACAACAACAAUAUGAACAACAACUCCAUAUCAUCAUCUCAUGGAGAAAAUGAGAGUGGUGAUGGUGGUGGUGCUGGAACAUUUAACAACAUGUUCAUAUCCUCCUCACAACCUACAAGUCAUACUCAGGAAGAACAACAACCACCACACACACCUUUGAAUGGUGUUGCUACCACCACCACCACUUCUCAUCCAUCCAAAAACCUUCAUUUAAGCAUUGAUACCAAACAACAACAACAUGCUCCAUCAUUGACACUCAAAGAAGAAGAACACAAAAAUUUCAAUUUUGGAGUCCUAUCACCAACCACCAAUUCGGUCAUUAAUUUAAUGUUAAAUGCUUUUACCAAGCAACAAGAAAAAAAGAAUAUAGAUGCAUCAUCGACUGUCUAUCAAUAUGACGACAUUGAUGCCCAGGCUAUUCGUGCCUUAUAUUUGAGAGAAAAGAGAUUGGAACAAGAAAUUGAAUAUUUGAAAAAGAAACUAAAAUUAGCUGGUUUUUCUAUUGAUGACAGUAGUAGCGAUGAAGGUGAAACAAAUUUGAAAAAUUCAGCAAAGAGAAUGAUGAGGAAUAGAAAAAAACCAAGUCCUUCUACCACCACAACAACCAUAUCUGGCUCAGAUAGUGAUACUGCAUCAACGGUGGAAUUAGUGAUACCACCAAACUCUCCACCUCGUCGUGAAAAAUUGCCACCAGUUGACAGUAAUAGAGAUCGAGUACUACGAGGUGGUCCUCAUGGUGUAAUUUAUGACAUUGGAGGACAUGUUGUGCAUCAAAUUGCAGACAAUGAAGAAGAAUGUUUUAAGGUAUUAUUUGAAAGUACUGAUUCAGUCGAACUCGUGGACGGUGGAGGUAUUUGA